AUGGCCGAAAUUCGGACGUCGACGGUCAAUAAGGUCGGCCCAUUUCUCCGUAUUUUACCAGUGUCGCACCGCUUGGCCCUUUUCCAUUUUUGGUUUUUUUGUGAUUGGUGCCGUAGCAUUGACCAACAUGUCCACCCCUAUAUCGAUAUUGCGGGGACUCUGCUCGAGGGACUCUAUCAUGAUGUGGCCAACAAUGAGUUCCGCCUCGUUGACACCUUUGGCCAAAUCGUGACGGUAGAGUUUGUGGUCCCAGAUAUCGAGUCCCUAAGUGUCGUUGUCACCGCCGCGGCUGUCGGCGUCACCGCUAACAUUGCCGAAGCGGGCGAGGCCAACGUGGAUCAGCCGAUCGUCGGAGCCAAGCUUGGAUUCGCUCGUCUUGACCGAGCUACCGGGAGACUUUCCUAUAUCCGCGAAGUCUGGGGCGAAAGGAAAUCUAGAAUGCGUUUCAACGAUGGGGCAGCCGACAGCACGGGCCGGUUCUGGGCUGGGGUCAUGAAUGACCCCAAAAUUCAGUCUCCGGGCCCAGAGGGCGUGCUGUUCAGACUAGACCCCGACUUGGGUCUUCACCGGAUGCUGUCACCAGUGACGAUCCCCAACGGAAUUGGCUGGAACCCCGCGGACGACACCAUGUACCUGAUCGAUUCACCAACGGGCAAGAUCUUCGCCUUUGACUUCGACGCCGCGACCGGCGCCAUCAGCAACCGGCACGUGCACUUCGACCCGAGUGAGCCGCUGGAGCCGGACGGGUUUGCCAUGGACGUGGGGGGAUGCAUCUGGAGCGCCAUCUAUGGCGGGGGCCAAGUGGUGCGCAUCUCGCCCGAAGGCACCGUUAUCGGGCAGAUCGAUCUGCCCACGCGCAAUCCGACUUGUCCGGCGUUCGUGGGCACGAAGCUGUUCAUCACUUCUGCCAAGGACGAUCGCGAUAACGAGCGGUUCCCGCAGUCGAAUGCGAGAAAGUAG